AUGAGUGAGGAAUUUGAUAUUACCAAGACUUACCUGAAGUUCUUGGAAGAAGACAGCGAAAUGACCAUGCCAAUUGCAGCAAUUGAAUCCUUGGUGACAAUGCUUCGAGUCAAGCAACCGGGGACAUCAGCCGAGAUGAUCAACACUAUCAAGUCUGCAGCAGAAAAGUUGACUACUUCAAUUCCAAACUCUAUGUCUUUAAGAGCGGGUUGUGAUAUUUUCAUGCGAUUUGUAUUUAGAAACACACAUCUAUAUGGUGAUUGGGAAAGUUGUAAGAAACAUCUGAUAGAGAAUGGGCAACUCUUUGUUUCUAGAGCAAAAAGGUCAAGAGACGACAUAGCGCAAAUUGGGCUUGACUUUAUUUCUGACGAUGAUAUUAUUCUGGUACAUGGUUUUUCCAGAGCAGUUUACUCAGUCUUGAGUUACGCCGCCGAAAGGUUCGUGAGAUUCCGGUGCGUGGUGACGGAAUCAAGACCUACACAGCAAGGCGCUCAGCUUUACAAGCUGUUGCAGGAAAAAGGCAUUCCGGUGAAAAUGGUGGUAGACAGUGCGGUUGGUAGUAUUGUCCAUAAAGUUGAUAAAGUACUGGUCGGUGCAGAAGGUGUAGCGGAAUCGGGUGGUAUAAUCAACUUAGUAGGUACCUACUCUAUUGGGGUAUUAGCGAAAAACGCUAAUAAACCAUUCUAUGUGGUGAGUGAGUCGCAUAAAUUCGUAAGAAUGUUUCCGCUAUCACCAGACGAUUUGCCCGCAACAGCGGGGCCUCUGGAUUUCACCCGCAAUGAAAAUUAUGAGCAAUCCCUUUUGGAACCUGGCAUCGAUUAUACCUCGCACGAAUACAUCACCGCUCUAAUAACAGAUUUGGGCGUACUUACACCAAGUGCUGUAUCUGAAGAACUGAUCAAAAUGUGGUACGAUUGA